AUGGGACCUGCUUCUGCCCAGGCCCAGCUGCGAGGUGAUCCCUGCUUGCCUCUGCUCUGGUUAUUCCUGGGCCCGAUCUGUUGCUCCUAUGCGCCACCAGGAUGGCGCUUCACUGCCUCUGAAAUUGUGAUCCCCAGGAAGGUGUCCCACAGAGUGAGUACAGCUGAGAUACAAGGCCAGCUCUCCUACAAGAUUCGCUUCGGUGGCCAAAGACAUGUGGUUCACAUGAGAGUCAAGAAAAGCUUGCUGCCCAGACAUUUCCCUGUCAUCACCGACAAUGACCAAGGCGCCAUGCAGGAGGACUACCCCUUUGUCCCUCGAGACUGUUACUACUAUGGCUACCUGGAAGGGGUUCCUGGGUCCAUGGGCACACUGGACACCUGCCAUGGGGGUCUGCGUGGCAUGCUCCAGGUGGACGACUUCACUUACGAAAUCAAACCCCUGGAAGCGUCUUCCAAAUUUGAGCAUGUGAUUUCUCUGCUUGUGUCACAAAAAACACCAGGAGAGGAUGAAAAAUGUAAGAUUGGAGGGGAAGAUACAAAUCAAGCAGAUGAGGAGGCCUUGCUUGCUGAGAUGCCUAGAGCAGGACCUGUGUAUAUGUGGUGGCCACACAGGAAAUCCUUAAAAAUGCACUAUACAGUUUCUUACUCAUUAUAUCUUCAGCAGACUAAUCAGACACUUAUAGUUGAGAAUGUGAUGAUUUUAAACAACAUAGUACAUUCAAUUUUUCUAUAUAACCUUGUUGAAGUUCAUGUACGUUUGUUGUGCAUAUGGACAAGGACAGAAAAGUUUGAAGUAGGUGCUAGAAAAUGGAGGUCUAUUGACAAUGCUGUAGCUCACUUUGGCUACUGGGAAAUUAAUCUCCAUAACCUACAUCCACGUGAUUGCUCAAUUCUUUUUACUGGCGAUAAAGCCCACCAUGCUAAUUAUUUUGCCUUCAAGAGCGGAUUGUGCAAACCCAAUUGGGGAUCAUCAUAUAUAUUUCUAGCAAGAUAUCACAUAUUUAUGGGGGCAUCUCUUUCAGCACAUGUUAUAUGCCAUCUUUUCGGCUGUGACCACGAUACAUCAGGUUGUCACUGUUUCCGAAGAGCAAAAUGUGUCAUGGCUCCUGAGCCUGGUUUUCUAGAUGUGAUGAGCAAUUGUUCUUAUGGGUCACUUGCCAGUUGGGUUAACGGAAGGUGGGAUGGUUGUUUGAGUGCUCGCAACAUACCAUAUGAUAAUAUUCCAUAUGUAGCUCCUCGUUGUGGUGAUAAGAUCAGAAAUCUGAGGGAAGACUGUGACUGUGGCACCUUAAAAGACUGUGCUAAGGACAAGUGUUGUGAGAGCCAUUGUGUUUUCACCCUUGGCAGUUCAUGCUAUCAAGGACCUUGCUGCAUUGACUGUAAACAUGCACAACCUGGAAAAGUGUGCAGAGAUGUUCUUGGUAUUUGUGAUCUACCAGAAUACUGUACUGGGACAACGCAUGCUUGUCCAAGGGACAGUUAUAUCCAGGAUGGAACCCCAUGUUCACCACUGGCUGUUUGUGUGAGAGGAAACUGUAGUGACCGUGACAUGCAGUGUCAGGCCCUCUUUGGCUUCAAAAUAAAAGAUGCUGCACCAGCGUGCUAUAAAACAUUGAAUGUCAAGGGUGACCGAUUUGGAAACUGUGGGGUGAAGCCGCACCAAGGAGGAAGUCGUCCUGUUCCAUGUGAAUUAGAUGAUAUUUACUGCGGAUUGCUGCACUGUACUGCUAUCAGCAAAAUUCCUAGUGGAAAUGAGCACACUACAUUUCGUCAUAUAUUAGUACACGACGUGAAACCACAAACAUGCUUUGGGUUCGACGCACACCAUUCUUCACAAGUACCAGAAAUGGGGCUUGUAGUUGAUGGUGCAUCAUGUGGUCCAGGAAAAUACUGCAAGGACCAAAACUGUACUUUUUAUCCAGACUUGAGGUUUGACUGUGAUGUCCAGAAAUGCAAUUUCAGAGGAGUCUGCAACAACAGAAAGCACUGUCACUGUCAGCAAGGUUGGAAACCACCAAAUUGUAGUGCCGUAGGAGCAGGGGGCAGUGUAGAUAGUGGCCCUCCCCCUGAUAAACACAUGUAUAGUGGAACCAAAAUAGUAACGGAAAUAGACAAGGAACUAGUUCUCCUGCUUCUUCGUUUUUUCCUUUUUUUGCUUUCGGUAGUUGUUGGUGCACUUUUCCAGCUAUAAGAAGUUAUAAGUCAGAGAUAUGUGGAAACAUCUACUAAAAAGAAGAACUGCCUUGGACCCAAGUAGAUACGAACUGGAACACACAAAAUAGAGAAAAUCACAUUGGCACUUACUGGGAAAAAAUGAUCCAGAAUCACUCUGAUAAUUACAUAAUCCUAUAGUUAUCCUGAAGUUGUUAUCUUGAAAUAAAAUGACUUGGCAAUUUAAAAAGAGGCUGUGUGGCUAAAUGCAUUUAAUAUUUUACAUCUGGCCAUAGUCUAACUAUCCCUAGAGAGGACAGUGGGACCUAUCAGAUUCACCAGCUUGUACUUAUUUAUGUUGUGAGACUAAUGUUUUAUCGAUGUGACUGUAGCACAUCUUGUUUGAACUGACAUUUAUAGUUCAUUAGACUUUUCCUAGGUUGGUGAUAUACUAGAUUUUUGUUAUUGGUUCACAUUCUUGCUAGUGUUAAAUAAGCCUAAUAUAAAAGAUGGCAUACAGGACACCUUGACAGAUACAGUAAGAAGAUAGAAAAUUUGGUGUCACAGGCACAUGAUUAUAAACUGUAGUUCAACAAGCUGGUAAGUACGUGAUCUUGCCCAAAGGCAUUGGCUUUCAGAGAAUCAAAGCUCUAUCUGAUCUGUGACAUUGAGAGAUGAGAGGUAGUUUUCCAGGGUUUUGCCAUGGUUAAAAGAAAGGACUUAAGAAGGGCCUAGAAUAUGGUAGGCACUUAAUAAACAUUGAUUUUAUCAUUCACAUUAUAGUCUCACGAUUACCUUGGGUUGUUUUAAAACGGAAGUAUUCCAAGUAUAAUGACUUUGGAAUUUUGUAUCUUUUAUGGUCCAACCACCCCACAAGGAGACAUUGAUUGCUGAUAUAUCGAUUUUUUUUAGGCCCCUACUUGUUAAUGCCUACCAUCUCGCAUUUAAAAUCACAGGAGUGGCCUAAGCACAGCAGGAUGGAACUGACUGACUGAUACAUAUACAGAGGCCAAAAUUUACAUAAAAGGAAACAAGAAGCAAACGCUACAUAAGAGAAUAUUAGAAGCAGGUCUCAUAAGUGAGCUGCGUUCUAUUCAUGCUACUUAAAUGCCUCAGACCUUGCAUCAAACCCCUCUCUGAAAACAUGGAGUCCAGAGGAGGGUAGCUCCCUAAGGGCAGCGGAAGGCUGCAGCAGUAGAGAAUCCACUUAACCCAGUGGAGAAGCAUAAUUUGUCCAACUUCCCCAUCUAUAGAGUUCUGUUAGGCAGUGUUCUUGUCCAUGGGGUUGAUCUGGUAGAGUGACCUGGAUCUUCAUCCAUGACAGGUUUGAGCCCUGUCUUACUACCCCUUGUCAAACAUGGGUUAAGGCAUUUGCUCUUUGCACCAAUGUCUAUUAAAAUCAAUGUUGGAUGACCUUUUGCUAACAUGGUUAUUGCUGGUUGAUACAACGGUAAUUGAUGAAAGUUUAUCUUCCAAGGGCCAGCUUGGAUGGGGUCAUUUUGUUUUAAAUCGAGCAGUUCAUUUGCCAAAACAUGAUAACUGUGGUCCCUGUAGCCUGUUUUGUUUUGUUUUUUCUCUCUUGAUUUCCAUUUUCCCAGUAUCUACUCAUAUCCUUACUGAUCUGUUUUGCACUGGUGAAGGAUCUUUUGUUUCCCUCAAGCUGUUUAAUUUAUACUACCAUACACUUGAGUGUGUAUGGUAUCCUCUCUGGUUAUCAUGCUAGUUCCAGAAUGUUGAACUAAGUGUUUAACCUGAGGAUGGGUGUGAUCUCCAGUCUAUUUUAGGUUUCUAAACAGCAUUUGAUAGUUCAGGUAUAGGUCAGACCUGAAAAAAAAAAAAAAAAGUGGCUGUCCCAGGUUAAGGCCCAACAUGGGUAUUCCUUAAAAGCAGUUUCUAAUUGAUACCAGACAUGUGAGAGAAAAUACUUACAGCCUAGUUAACACAGCUGGAUUAUUCUCAGACAAGGGCAGCAAAGCUCAGGGAGAUGUUGUUCCUAUUGCUCGGGCUGAGGCACACCAGGAAAUAGUGAAGUUCCAGAACAAAGGUAAGAGGGAGCAUCAGAAGGGGAAGAAGAGAAUCAAGGAUGCUGAAAGGAAGACAGGGAUGAGGUGAGAAGGGAGGUGAGAAAGGAGUGGUGUUGUGAGACACAGGGACAUAAGUAAACAGAAAGACAAGGUCUCGGGGACAGGAAGAAUUAAUGUGAAAGUUGCAUAAUAGGGGCCACAAAAUAUUAGGACCAGUUCAAAAUACUUCUUCUCUUGGCUUCUUUGUACCAACGGAGGUAAGCCGCCUGUGGUGUGAUGGCUAUCCUAAUGUCCUUUCUUCUAAGUUGCCACCUUUACAAUUUAACAUGGCUGGGAAACCAAAGGGCCCCUGCAGUUCUAGACGGUACUCAGCGAAGAAGAAAUUAAUAAGAGUAAGGACCUUUGUAGCAGACCAUAUUUCUACAGCACAUCUUCCAGCAGUUUGGGUAGAUGGGCGUUUCCGCUGGUAAAAGAAGUCUGAGACAGAGGGAGAAACAUGUCCCACGUGAGGAACAAUGCCUAAUUUCCUGCUUAUCCAAAGAACGCAAGAAAAGCAAAAGACUGACUUCAGUCUAACAGAAGUUCAAGAGAUUUAUGGCCGUAACAUCCAAGCUAUGAAAAAACAAACAAAAACAAAGCAAUUGAGAACAGGAGGAGGAUUUAACCUCCACACUGAAGAAAAUUAGGGUUUUUUGAUGGACUGUGUUUUUAACCUCCCCGAGCAGUGUUGGAACAUUUUCCACCCUCUCACAGGAAAUGGCACCAUUUAUUUUUUUACAAAAGAUUUAAUGUGACUCCAGUAGAGGGUAAGGCUUCAUUGAGCUGAACCAUAUCAGAGAACAACUAUAGAUCAGACCACGUGACUUCACUAUUGAAGCAGGGUCAGAGUUCUUUGUUUUGUUUGUUUUGGAUUUUUUUUUCUUUUGGUCGCUGCAGUGACAGCACAAUAUCCUUAACCUGCUGUGCCACAAGGGAAUUCUCAAGGAUUUUUACAAGAUAGGAGGAAUUGGAGUCACUGCUAUAUUUUAACUUUAGCAGCAGUUUAACCUUUAACCAAAACUAGUGCACAAGACUCCUUCCUGUUAUCCUGCCCCUUGGAGGAGUCCCGAUAACCACCAGGAUACUACUGCUGAGAACUGCCUUUGCAAGGCUUGUGGUAGUUUUAUGGGUGUAUGCGUCUAAGAAAGAAGAAAUAAAUGGGGCAGAAUAGAACAUAAGGGGAAACAGGGGACUCUCUAUUGUGUUGCUUUUGAAAUUUUGCACCUUUGUCCUCCAGGAGUCUGAGACUUCUCAGGUCAAGGUUGCUACUCAAGUCCAUUCACAGGUACC